AUGACUUCCACAACCCUGGCGCGCCCGCACAGCGGCCACUCGCAUCAGCACCAUCAUCAUGAUAAUACGUACCUUGUCUCUACAAACAAAAAGGACGCCGGUGUCCGUAUUACGCGAAUUGGUCUUUACGUCAAUUUUUGCAUGGCUAUAGGCAAGGGUCUCGGCGGCUACUUCUUGAACUCACAAUCCCUCAUCGCCGAUGCCUUCCACUCUCUCACAGACCUUGUCUCCGACUUUUUGACACUGGCAACGGUGUCUUGGUCGCUGAAGCCUCCAACUUCUAGAUUUCCUAGCGGAUAUGGCAAAAUCGAAAGCUUGGGAUCGCUAGGUGUCAGUAGCCUGUUACUUGCAGGUGGCAUUGGUUUGGGGUGGCAUUCGUGUGAAUUAUUAUACUCGCAAUUCUUCCUCGAUGCUGCCUCUUCAAUGGCAGUACAUGGCCAUAGUCAUGGUGGUGGAGUUUUUGGACAUUCGCAUAGCCACAACCCAGCAGAUAUGGGAAUCCCCAACGUUCAUGCAGCCUGGAUUGCUGGUGGCUCUAUAAUAGUCAAGGAGUAUCUUUAUCGUGCCACUAUGAAAAUUGCAAAGGAGCGCAAAUCCUCCGUCCUAGCUUCAAAUGCCGUCCACCACCGAAUAGACUCGCUGACCAGUAUUGUCGCUCUCGUUGCUAUUGUCGGUUCCCACGUGUUGGACAAUGUCUCAUGGCUCGAUCCCAUCGGAGGUCUUGUCGUUUCAAUGAUGGUUAUCAGAGCUGGCUGGGGCAACACUGGUUCUGCCCUACUUGAGUUAGCAGACGUUGGCGUCGCAGAGGAAAUCAAGGUUUCUGUUCGAACAACCGCUUCAAAGGCACUAGGAGAAGACCGUUUUGGAUCUGGUAGAGUCAUGGGCAACCAAAUCGAAGUUCGAGAUGUGCAAGGGGUUAAAGGGGGACAGAACUAUCUGAUGAACGUUGAGCUCGCCGUGCCAGGAGAAUGGACAGUGCAAGAGACGCGUCUCGUAGAAGACGCGGUCCGAGAGAGGGUUGGUUCAAAAGUUAGAGGUGUACGCAGAAUCAGAGUCAGAUUUGUGGCCAGAAGCGACGAAGCGCCAGAUUUUGCCGACGAGUUCAUUGGUGCAGACGUCUCUUCAAGCAGCCCGGAGCCAGACGACCUCGACCACACUGACAGCCACUCUCACAAUCACACCAUCGACCACACCCAUGACAAGGCUUUAUCCAAUGGUGAUGCAAAAAAAAGGAGUUGA